GGACCAUAGUAGUGUCUGUGGGCGGCGCUUAAAAGCGCGCGUCCGGCCCGCCGCCGCGCACUUUAAGCUUCGCGCGCGGACCCGUCGCGUCCCGGACACGCCGCGCCGACCGUCGCGACUACUGCACAGUCAUGGCGCACAGCAUCCUGGCCGCCUCCGUCAUCGCCGUCCUCGUCAUCUCCGUGGGCGUGGGCGCCAAGCGCGGGUGCUCCGCGUUCGGCCACUCGUGCUACGGCGGCCACGGCAAGAGGAGCGACUCCUCGCUGCGGUCGAGCUCCGAGCUGCUGGGCCAGCCCGGCCAGGCCGAGACGCCGCCGCAGCCGAUGUAUCCGCAGCCGUACGGGGUGCUGUCCGCGGGGGAUGACAUCAUCCCUGUGAGGGACGGAGGAGCCUACGACCGGGACGGGCUGCGGGCGCGAGACGCCUUGAAGAUGAAGAUGCGAAACAUUCUCAGAUAUUGGAUGGACUACUACCGGCGGUCACGGAGCACUGAGGACGGCCCCUACACCUUCGACGCUCUCUAAACUGUACUCGGUUGCGAUACUAACUUAUAUGUACAUUUUGAAUACGGUUCGACGAAAUACGCUCGGUUAUUUGUACUUAUCCAAAUAUCCUCCACAUCAACACAUACAAGUUAAGUUGUUGUCAACUGGGUUCUGAUAACUUGUUAGCUAUUUAACAUGAUGACUUUUGCCUUUAGAGUUUCUAUAAAUCUUCAAUGAUCGUGCUUAUUUCGUGAACUUCCACUUGACUGUUUUAGAUAUAUAGAUAUAUUUACUUUAACGGUAUUUGAAAGUAUAAUUAAUUCGAAGUCCUAAGUCUUUUUAAAAAAAUAAUUAGUCAAUUAAAAAUGUUACACGAAAAAAAUAUUUAUAUUUUCCAUAAAACCGUUUUGUUUUGUUUCAAAAGGCUGGAUUCCUUUGUUACUCUUUGUUGCUGAAUAUAAUUAGUGCCUUUUAAUUCCUUGAAGCGGUUGAUUAAAAAAACCUUAUGCUUUUGCUUUGUGUUGUAAAACAAAUUACUUACAUGCUCGAUGUACAAUCAUAAAAUUAACAACCCAAAUUUUUUUUUGAUUUAUAUUUAUAUUUUUGAAUGAUUUUUAUAAAUUAACGAUGUAUAGUCACUUUAUAUUUAAAAUAUACAAAUAAUAAGAAUAUUUUUAUUUUAUAAAAACUUUUUUCAUAACUAUAGGAACAUCUUAAUAGUUAAAUUACAGUGUAUUGUAAAAUUACAGUAAAAUGUAUUGUAGUACCACUAAGAAAUCAAUGAGUGAAAACUCAAUACAAAUAUAACAACCGAUUUCCGUUUUAAAUAUAAAUAUCUUAUUUUAACAUUUUAGUACCACUUAUUAAAUUAUUAUUUCUGUAUGGUCUGUUUUUUAGUUUUAAAAAAAUCACCAAUAAUAUGUCGAGCAUGUACUGCUAUGUACUUUAUUUAUUCAAAAACUCUGUGGUUAAUUUCUCGUUUCAUACUUCAUCUUCCUAUAGAAAAAAAGGUUUAUAAAAAGUUGAAUUUUGUGAUCAUUUGUAUAAACUUAUUACAUAAUAAUCUUAGUAAAGUGUACACAGUAGUGUUGUACCGUCUCUAGUGUACCAUCGACUCGUGACAUCGUACCGUAGUGAAGCAAAGAUUGUGUAUUAUUAUUACUAAUAAAUGG